AUGGCUCCUCUUGCCAAAUCCCUGGCCCUGGCCGGCUCUCUUCUGGCUGCCUUUGGCUCGGCCGCUCCUUUGAACAAGCGUGACUCCAACAACAACGUUCACGUCGUCUACGAGACUGCCACCACCGUUGUCUGGACCACCGUGGACCUCACCACCACCAUCUAUGCCAACAUUCCCGCUCCCACUCAGCCUGCUCCGACCACCGUCGUCUCCGUCACUCAGGCUGCUCCGACUAUCCAGACUCAGGAACCCGAGCCGACCCCGGAGCCCGAGCCCACCACCAAGGAAGCUCAGCCCACCACCACCCAGGUCGAGGAACCCGAGCCCACUCAGCCUGCCGUGACUUCCGUGGCUCAGCCUACUUACACCCCGGAGCCCCAGCCUGAACCCCAGCAGCCCACUACCACCGCCGUUGCUCAGCCUACCACCACUGCCGCUGCUCAGCCCGCUCCCACCACUGGCGGCGGCGGCAGCAGCAGCAGCAGCAGCAGUGGAAGCAGCAGCGGUGGAUCCUGGAGCUCCGGUGACGUGACCUUCUACGACACUGCUACCUCCGCCGGCAGCCCGAGCAGCUGCGGUCUUACCAACGACGGCUCUACUGAGAACGUGGUUGCGUUGUCCCACGCGAUCAUGAAGGAUAGCGACUGUGGCCGUACCGUCACCAUCGAGUACAACGGCAAGACUACGACUGGAAAGGUUGUCGACAAGUGCAUGGGCUGCAACGCCGGCUCCAUUGACCUGUCCCGUCACAUGUUCCUCGAAUUGGCUUCCGAAGCCGCGGGUCGCCUUACCAACGUUAAGUGGCAAUUGAAUUAA